GGCAUCUUAUAAGGGAGUCUUCUAGUUGGUACAAUGAAGCGGCGACGAAAGAGGAAACAUCUGGAAAAUGAAGAGUCCCAGGAAGCUGCUGAGAAAGGAGGAGGAAUCUCAAAGUCACAAGAGGAUCCCCCUCAGCUUGGAUCCACUGCAGUGGCCCGAGGCUGCAGCCCAGGGGCAGGGGAGGUCUCCUCUGCCUCCGAAUACUUCUCCUGUGCUUCUUCUCCGCGCAAGCUCAUCCACGGCGGAAUCCAGAGAUUACAUCAAGAUAGUCCCCAGCCUAGACUACCCCUAGCCCAGGCUCAGGAACAAGGGGAGACUGCUCUCCCAUCACAACGUGUCUCCUUCUCAUCCCCUUCGUCCUAUAAGACCUGUGUGUCCUCCCUGUAUACAAACAAAGAGGAAAGAGGCAUGAAAAUAUACUACACGCAGGUACAAAUGAAAAAGGGUGUAGCUGUCUCCUGGGAGACAGAGAAACCCUCGGAGUCGCUAGAAACACAACUGAGGAUGGAAGAAGUGCCCCUUGCUGAGGACGUGCGGGUAGGUACUCCCCCCUCUGAUGUGUCCACCAGAAACCUCCUGUCUGACAGCGAGCCCGGCGGGGAGGAGAAGGAGCACGAGGAACGGGCAGAGCCAGACAGCCCACCAGGGUCCCCUGCCGUCGAGGAGAGACCCAGGGCCAAGACACCGGACUGGCUGGUGACCAUGGAGACCGGCUUCAGGUGCAUGGCCUGCUGCCGGGUCUUCCCCACCUUGGAGAUCCUCCAGGAGCACGUGCAGUACGGCAUCCGGGAGGGCUUCAGCUGCCACGUCUUUCAUCUCACCAUGGCCCAGCUGGCGGGCAACGUGGGGUUCGAGAGCACUCCCGAGGAAGAGGUGGAGGAGGAGGAGGAAGAGGAGGAGGAGGAGGAGGGGGAGGAGGAGAAGGCAGUGAAGCGAGAAGAGCAGGAGAAUGAGGAGGAGCAGUCCACGGGAGAGGACCUCAGCCCGAGGAGACCCUGGAGCCAGUGUCCCGGCUGUGUGUUUCCGUCUCCGAAGGACCGGAACAACUGAGAUUCAUGGGCCAGAGGAUGCGGGAAGAUGGCGUGGCCUUCUCUUGGAAGAGGUAAGGCCUGAGGCUGGCUGGGUCUUCUGAGGCUUCGGCACGAGGAUGCAGAGGGAUCUAAG